AUGAACCAUUCCCUAUAUGAUCUCUAUCCAUAUUUGUACAAAUCGACAGAUGCGAAAAUUCACAAAAUACGCUCUAUUGAUAAAACGGGAUGGGAUGAUAUUUUUGAGCCAACUUAUACUGCCAUUGAGCAUUCACAUAGGUUACUGUCGGAGUGGUUUGUGGAUACAGUAUCCCUGUUGGCCAGUAUGGCCCUUUGUGUUUUUUUGUGGAAACGGAAGAAGUUGUUGCUGGAGUUUGCGGUGGCCUUUGCCACAUUCUCCGCCCAAAUCCUCUAUUGGCCAUUCUACCUCCUUUCCACGUGGCAAACAAUGUUUCUCCUAUUCGGAAAGGCUCCAGAAUACCCCUCGAUUCUCCAUUGCUCACUUUUAAGACAUUUCGUUUUGGCAUGCUUCCAGUCGGCGGGUCUGAUUACUGUACCAAUCGCCGUCGAUCAUAUUUGCUUGGUUUUUUUGAAAAAACGACUGAAAAUUUUCAAUAUGAUUGCUUUUCAAGUUUUUAUCACUUUUUCAGAGUUUCUUAAUUUUCAACCGAUUUUCAUGAUGUUAGUCUUUAAAAAUGCCAAAUCUUUUCGAUUUGAGAAAUUCAAAUUCCCGCUAAACCACUUCCAGCUUUUCUUCACCCUGGCUCAUCUAGCAGUUGGAGACAUCACAAUCAAUGACAUCUGUGCUCAAUGGAUAGCAUCACCGGACGUUUUUUUAAUUUCCAUGUCUUUCAACAACACAUUGUUACUUUUUGCGGUUUUAACGAAUUUUACCCUGGUCAUGGUUCAAAUUUUUGAAAAAUUUGUUUUUAAAAAAUGCGGAAAUCCGGCAAAACUGUGCUUAAAUUAUUCAACUGUACUUUUAUUACAAAGCUCUACAGAACUGAUUUUGUCAUUUCCACUUACAGUAAGACAGUGGAAAGUGCUACUCGGUGAAGGUAUCCGUCAUACCAAUUACUUCUGUGCGUACGGCUACAUGUUCUCCUCUUGUAUUUUCAUGGUCCCACUGCUCAGCAUGUUGUGUAUACCGAAAUUUCGACUGGAAUUCUCCAAACUAUUCGGUUGCUCGAAAUUAAAAGCGACACCGAAAAGUUCGGGAACUUUUAAUUUUCAAGUUGUCUAUACAAAAUGA